AAAAGUCUGUGGUAUCAAACUAAUUAGAAUUGAACCACGUGCAACCGUUUUUUUGUUAUAUUAUUUCUAGCUCUGUGCUGAUAGCUAUUAUGUGUAGAUUUUACGUUCGUGUCACAGGAAUUGCUUAAAUAUUCAUGCGACACAACGUAGUAGGGUAACAAUCUAAGCUAGCAAUACGAUAACAGUCACGUUAGCUUAUCUAGUUAUCGUGACAGUUAAGUUAAUGCAGUUUAACCCGUGUCGUUUGUUGGUCAUUUAUAGUAGCGCAGUUUUGCUUUGCUGAGAAGAAGGAGAAACGAUGUCUGGAAGCUUUUAUUUUGUCAUGGUUGGUCAUCAUGACAACCCUGUGUUUGAGAUGGAGUUCUUGCCAGCUGGGAAAUCCGAAUCAAAGGAUGACCAUCGACACCUGAACCAAUUUAUUGCACAUGCAGCUCUGGAUUUAGUGGAUGAAAACAUGUGGCUGUCUAACAACAUGUACUUGAAAACUGUGGACAAGUUCAAUGAAUGGUUUGUUUCUGCGUUUGUCACUGCAGGACAUAUAAGAUUCAUCAUGCUGCAUGACGUCCGACAAGAAGAUGGAAUCAAAAACUUUUUUAAUGAUGUAUAUGAUUUAUACAUUAAGUUCGCAAUGAAUCCAUUCUAUGAAAUCAAUGCACCAAUCCGCUCGACAGCUUUUGAAAGGAAAGUCCAGUUUCUGGGAAAGAAACAUCUCUUGAGCUGAUAUCUUCGCAUACAUACACACCUAUCUUGUCUAUGUCUUUGUCUAUACAUGUAUGUGUAUAGUAUUCUGUUUAAUGAAUGCAGCCAUCAAAAAUGGGGAUUUUUGUAUGAGGAAUUUUUAUGUCUGAUCUAGCUUGUCACAUUCAUAUGUUCCACUUGGUGUAUAGCUACUGUAAUAAAACCUGAAUGAAUGAAUAAAACAGUCUAACAGA